AUGGCACGGGUCGAACAAGCCGCAUCCCAGUGCAUCACGGCAGCCUCUGUGGGGGACGAGUGCAAGCGAAUCCUCUCGAAAUACCCGCGUGAGAUCGUGCAGAAGAUGCAGGCAGGGGACGUGUUCUGUUACAUGGAGUGCAUCAGUACCUCUAUGUGCGCAGAUGUCUUGCUGUCUGCCAAAGUCUGCCAUCUGCAAACGUGCAACCUGUCCAACAGCCUGGAGACCAGUGGUGAAGAACCCAAGCAGUUGGCCACCCUCAUGAACCAGAUGACGGAGAUUGCGAGGCUGCACACGGCAGCCGUUAUGACGAAAGCUGUGGAUGCUUUGCAGAACGACUUCAGUGCCACAGGUGAUGAACAGAAGCUCAAUCUAGUCCAGCAGCUCGCUGAGCCCGCCAAUUUCAAGAACUUCUGCAAGCUUGCAAAGAUGUUCGAGGUCGAUGGUUGGUCAGAUUUGUCCGACACCGGGAUUAACACCACGGCCGUUGGCGUUGCAGAUGCGGCUCACGUUCGAGCGAAGACUGCACUUGCUGAGGCGGACCUGCAGCCACGUACUUUCGCCGCGGCAGCGCAAGGCAUCCACAAGCUGGGCAGCAGCAAGGCCGUCCGGGCUGCAAAGGACUUCGUGGCCGAAUGCAACAGUUCCGUGGCUUUACCAGACAAGAUGAAAGCCGUUGCGGCCGUUAUUUCGAAUUUGCACUCCAAGCUCGAGGAACGCCCAGAGCUUUGGUGCAGAUCUCUGAGGAACUCUGGCCACACCGCGGCGCUGCUGACUCUUGAUGCCAGUAUUCGUGCAAAUCUUGGUGCUGCAGCAGAAGGACAACUGCGUUUAGCACAAGUUGUGGAGGAUGCCAGGAAACCGAAGGACCAGCAGCCAGAUAUCUUUGCCCUCGACAAGUACGAGGAGAAGGCGACCGUGAACAAUUGCGUCGUGCAUCUCAUUGAGAUUUCCACGGCCACGUCCCAAGGCAGCGGCAUGGAUGAUGAGCAGCUGAAGGAGGUGGGCGCAACCCGCAAGCUCGGUGCAACCCUGAUGUCUGUUGCCGAGCAGAUCAGCCAGAUCAAAAAGUCGACUUUGGGCCCUGCAGUUGCUAAGUUGGAGCCUUUGCAAGAAGCCUUGAAGAACGAUGACAGCACGACCGGGACGGAUCUUUGCAAGAAGUUGAACGACACGCCACUGACCCUGGAAUGCUCCAGAGGCACAUGA